AUGACUCUCAACAACUUCACCAACCCGCCCCCCUCUGUGCCCAACGUCAUCCUCUCCUUCCCCCGCUUCCACGUCCUCCUCGUCACCCUCAACCGGCCCAAGAAGCUCAACGCCAUCCCGCGAGACCUGCACGCCAAGCUCGACGCCCUCUGGAACUGGUACGACGCCGAGCCGACCCUCCGCUGCGCCGUCCUCACCGGCCGCGGCCGCGCCUUCUCCGCAGGCGCCGACCUCAAAGAGUGGAACGACAUGAACGAGCGCAACGUGCCCAGCGGCCACGACCGCGACCGGACCUGGGAGGACAGCGGCUUCGGCGGCCUCAGCAACCGCCGGGGCAAGAAGCCCAUCGUCGCCGCGGUCAACGGGCUCUGCCUCGGCGGCGCGAUGGAGAUGGUUCUCAACGCGGACAUGGUGAUUUCGGCGCCCGACGCGCAGUUUGGCCUGCCCGAGGUGACGAGGGGCGUGGUCGCGGGCGCGGGCGCGCUGCCGAGGCUGACGAGGAUCGCGGGACGGCAGAGGGCCUCGGAGAUGGCGCUCCUGGGGAGGAUGCACCCGGCGCGGCAGAUGCUCGAGUGGGGGGUCGUCAACAAGAUCGUCGCGGGCAAGGGGGAGCACGCCGUCGUCGAGGAGGCGCUGGGCUGGGCGGUCGGCGUGGCGUGCAACUCGCCCGACUCUGUGAUUGUCAGUAGGGAGGGCUUGCUGGGCGGGUGGGAGGCGGAGGACCCGAGGGCGAGCACGAGGAGGGUCGACCGGGGGAUUUUCAGGAGGAUGGAUGGCGGGGAGAAUAUGAGGGAGGGGGUGUUGAGUUUCGUGGAGAGGAGGAAGGCCGAGUGGAAGGAUAGCAAGUUGUGA